AUGAUGAUUCUUUAUUCUACAACUCUUGGACUGAUAUUGUUUUUGACAAAAACCCUGCAAGAAGAAGCUAAAGAAAUUCUUCUAAACAACUACCAAAUCUUUGCUAAAAAUAUUUCUGAAAAAGAACAAACCUUAGAACUCAGACAAACUAAAGAAGUUUGCUGUGAAAUUAAUACUCCUGGUGCUAAACCAAUUAAACAAUAA